ACAAUGUAAACAAAAGGAAAAAAAAACUAGAAUAACCUGCUUAUAAUUUGGAGGGACAGCAAUAUGUUAUAAUAAAAUAGAGCAUGCAUCCAGUAAUUCUUAUUCACUUAAUUAGUAUACUCUCUUGUAGUGCAGUCCUCAUAAAUCUAACUGGACGGAUAACCAAAGUCGAGGUCAGACUGAUUACUUGUGCUAGGCUUAUCCUCUUUUUCUUCACUGAAACUUCCAUCACUCUGCAGCAACAUGAGAGGAUCUCUCAGGAAUGGAUCUGCAUUGACCACGAGAACCUUUUUGCAGUAUUCUUUGCUCGAUCAUUUACGGAUGUAAUAAGAUAAGAGUAUCAUAGGCUAAGCAGCAGCAGAGUUUCUGCUCAGUUGUGUGAGUUACUCUAUUAUGUCCAUCAUCCAUAAAACGUUCUAUCCACACGAAUUAUUUCUUCUUCUUGAUCAUCUGUAGGGUAGGACUCGAUAUAUGACUAAAUAACUUGCCAAGCCUUAGUGAUAUCAGCUUCUAUUUCCUAGUGAGAGAAUAAGAACUGAUCUGAAGAAAAAAACAAUAGGGAAAAAAUGAGACGAAAAAGAAGAAAGAAGAGAAUAGUGAAAGAGAGAAUGAAUUAGGUUUAGUGGCAGAUGAGAAUCUAUACUGAUUUUUCACCUCUAAGUUCUUAAAUUGAACUAUGGAAGGACUCUUGCAUUUUCUUGGAUGAGAACCUAAAACCUAUGGGCCCUAUUAGAGAGGAGGCGCUUGAUCUAACGGUGGCUGACAUCUUGACAUCUGACCUUAAAGGGAAUAGAGGAAGAAUUAAAGAGCUCUUACCAGCGUUUGUUCCUCAGAUCCUAAGCAUUCAACCAAGCGUCAAAGGGGCAGAGGACUCGUUUAUUUGGAGAACUACAAAUCUGGCAUUUACACCGCUAAAUCGGGUUACUUUGCUGCUUAUGUACCUACACAAAACUCAUUGUCAGUACCACAAGAUGAGUUCAGUUGGAUUAAGGUCGUUUGGUCAUCGAAGUCCUCACCAAAAAUGAAGACUUUUCUUUGGUCAAUCCUUCAGAAUGCACUCCCUCUUGGAAUUAACCUGUUGAGCAGAGGAGGAAUAUCAGCGAGAGAUUGCAUCAGAUGUCAAGAGAGGGAAACAGUAACCCUAUAUAAGCCUAUAUAAGCGGGUAAUAUGAGAAUAAAAUUUUGGGAACAAGAGUAUUAUUUGAAGCCGGUCAUACUAGGUUAAUCACAAUUCUUCAUAGUUUUCAUCUCAACAACAUACAUGAUGUGUAGCGCCUCCAACCCUGAACAACCACCACCUCAUAAAGAUAACCAUCUUUUGUCAUUGCCUGAAGAUAUCGUUUUAAGCUGUCUAGCCCGUGUCCCACGAAACUGUAACCUAAACCUCACUCACGUAUCCAAAACCCUAAAAACCUUUGUUAGUUCGCCUGAGCUCAACCGCUUGAGAUCCCUCCUGCACAAGAGUUCCCUUUAUGUAUGUUUCUACGAAAUUAACGAUAAUACGUGGACCCACCGGUGGCUUACCAUUGAGAAAACUACGACUGAGUAUCGAUUGGUUCUGUUCCCUUGUCAUCCUUACCCUAUCAAGUCCCGCUCUUCAGCUGUCUCUGUGGGACCAGAGAUCUACUUCCUCUCGGAUGAUCUUUGGAUUCUUGAUACUCGAUCUGGAAAGUUUAGCCAGGGACCAAGCCUGAAACCUGGGUUCCGGAGUAAAGCCGCGGGAGUAAUCGAUGGUAAGAUAUACGUGAUCUGUCGUUGUUAUAUAUUCGGAGGGGUUGACAGGAAGAAGAUUAACGUAGAAGUGUUGGAUCCAAAAUCAAAAAUUUGGAAAUCUGAGGGGCAGGAGAAAGUGCAACCAAGAAUGUGGUGUGAUAAUAUGGUAAGGUUUGCUUCACUGGAGCGAAAGGUUUACAUGGUGGAAGCUGGUCUAAUCAGUGUAUACAAUCCAAGAAAAGGUGAAGGAGAGCGUAUGGAUCAAAUGGUAAGUAACAGACUGGCUGAAUCUAAUCCGAGAGAGGGCAGAAGAAAGGAGAAGCUAGGUGAAGCAGUGUCUUGGGUGUGUGUGGUAGAGAAUGUUCUCUAUGCUUGUUAUUGCAGUAGUGGGUUAAUGUGGUUUGAUACCAAGCUCAACGUUUGGAGAAGAGUGGUCAGUCGUGCUGAGGAAGUGUGUCACUUUGGUGAGAAGCAGGCAGUGGCGGAAUACCAAGGGAAGCUAGCGGUUUUUGAGUUCGUUAAGCAUGACCUAGUCGAUAAUACUAAGAGCGUUAAGAUGUUCUUGUUCUCGUUCCUUACAGUUGGAGAAAAGAUUCUUGGGACGAUCGAGUGGUCUGGUAUUGUAGCCACGGUCCCAUAUGGCAGUCAAUUUUUGCAUUGCUUCGGAAUGUAAUCAUAUGAAUAAUGUGUUCUUUUGUUCAAUGGAAUGCCAA